AUGAAAGUGCCUAUUGUCUCCAGUGAUCUAGACAAUUUAGAGCUGCCACAUUUGCAGGACAUUAUCCGGGCCAACCGCCCCCCAGCCAAGCGGAAAUUCAAGGUUCAAAGCACGCUCGGCUCUGCGAAGGCUUUCAUCGUCGACAACACCAUCUUGGUAGAUUGGGAUGCAGUUUAUCAGGCGCAGCACGAGUCAAUGAUCAAUGAGCUCUCCGACGUAGAAAGAACGAUCCUGCCAUUGGUUCGCGAGGGAAUCGUGAACCAUCCGCCAGAGCCUGAGUGCGCCCAUCAGCUCUCGGACGUUCUCCAGAUCUCUACCACACCCUCUACUGCUACUGGUCCUGACCUCGCGCCAAUCACUAUCCCCACUCAAGCGCUGUCCAGUUCCAGCGCCCCACCGCUCGAUCCUCAGGAACACAGUGAUUCACAUCCUCUAUGCGCAGCGCCCGAGAUCGCAUUGGAUGCCGUUCCGAAAACACCAUCACACCCAACCCGUCUACCGUCACAGUUUCAACCGGCCAAGCAUGAUUCCCUCGUCAUUCCUGACCAAGCCGUAACCCCUGCUCCUGUCACGAAUCAUCCCCCGAUAUGUCCUUCGCCGGUACACCCGCACGCAUGCACAAUCACUCAGUCACCCCCAUUCCAAAGCACAAGCAUUCCCGAGCCCAUGCUCCCCUUCUUGCCCCCAUUCACACCGUUGCUGUUGAAUGUUCGCCCGAUUCCACAAUCACUCGCCAUCGACGACCUCUCUAAACCGCCUCGCUCUCCCCCAAGCUCACAGGCAACGUCCCGCGAGGCCAAUGCUUCGGUAUCUCCCUCGGGCUUCCAGGAAUCAUCCGAGCCAACCUGUGAAAAUGCUGUGCUUAUUCCGUCUGCCGCCGCACUGACCCUUCCCCCUGCCCCUUGCGAAUCGCCCAACCUUGGCCCUAUCAGAGUCCAUUUCAAGCACGAUAACAUCCAAGGGGACACCAGUCCCGUCGACUUCGGUCCAUCCGUAUUUAAAACCCGGGCCCUUGAUGCGUUCGGUGCGCCAGUCGUUUCAUCCACCGAGCUCACGGAAUGGACACUUGCUACAAUGCCUCAUCUUCGCCAAUCUCAUUGCGCAGCUAUCUGGCAUCACCCUUCUUCUCCCGCUCUUUCCAUCCCAUUAUUCCGCUGUCACCCGGACCGAGAUCCCGUCGUAGAACCAGAAACGCCUAUUCCCGUAGUCCUGGGCAGUUCUAGUGCGUGGCUUGCCGUGCUUGUGUCUCAUCAUAGCGGCGAAGACAGCGCGUCACCUAUAUUACACCAUGACCACAUCACAGUUGAUCAACCAGAUAUGGUCGUCGUGGGUGGGAGCAUUGCCGAAAAGUCUCAAGACCUAUCUGGCGGCCCUCCGCUCCCGGUGUCUGACGUCUCUGAAGUCACCACGGAUAUUCUCGCCGAGUCACUCUCAGGCCCGACGACCGUACCCUCGACCGCACCCACCCGACACGACGUACUGUAUGCCGAUCCUCCUCCUGCUCAAAAAUUUGUCUCCCUUUCUUCGCCACACACUCUACCGCAGUCACCGCCAUCUCAUGUUGACGCGCCUUCUCAUGCCAACGCGCAUCCCCUCCAUUCCACACCACAAGUCAUGUCUCCCUCCCCGCAGGGUGGGUCGGCUUCUGACAGGGACACCAAGCACGAAUACGUCCUGUCCACACUCAUGUCCAUGCAUGGUCAUCACCCUGACGCCGUUGACAUGCGAGCGGCGAAGAAGAAGAGCAACCACCCCAAGUUCAAGAUCAUUCGUUGGGUGUUCACCGUCGCGGAUGUGGUCGACAAAUAUCUUCCCCUUCACCCUGACCCCGCGGUGCAGGUUCUAACACUCGAUCCGUGGCCCGAAAGCGUUUCCAAUAAAAAGAUCGCUCCAACCAAGAAAGUGUUCGGCCAUGUUUUCGGUCAUACGGCCAGCUGGGUCUCUGACUGUCAACGCGCAGCCCAACUCCUCAGAGACCCAGCCGUACGCAGUACCCGCCCGGAUCUCGAUGCGUUGCUCACCAGGUUGGAGGGUGGGUUGCCACCGGCGGAAGAAGAUCGUGAGAUGACGGGUGUGGGUGCUUUGUUGAAGUCGCUGGGUGGAUAA